UUGAAGGAGUUCUCGUAGCCAGGGAAGACUGGACUGAAUUUGCCCGGAAAGAGUGGCUUCACCACAAGGUUGCCAACAAACAUCAUAAUUUAAAGGAACAUAUGAGUGGAAACCACUCGUUUUUGAACCGUAGUUCAUAUCUAAGAGGUGCAUAGCUGCUUGAUGUAUUACUAUCACCAUGUUAGGGCAUUAUCCAAACGUGGAAAAAUCGCAGCUUGUCAACUACGUGGAGGAUUAUUUGGAAUGUGUUGAAUCGCUGCCUUUGGACAUACAGAGGAAUGUUUCAUUGUUACGCGAGAUCGACACAAAGUAUCAAGAGGUCCUCAAGGAGGUGGAUGAGAUAUAUGAAAAGUACAAAAAGGAGAGUGACAGUGCCCAACGCAAACGACUGCAGAUUCAAUUGCAGCGUGCUCUGAUCACCAGUCAGGAGCUUGGAGACGAGAAAAUCCAUGUGGUCACGCAGAUGAUGGAGGUUGUGGAGAACCGCUCGCGCCAGAUCGAGGCCCACUCGCCCAGCUUCUUGGAGGCAGGAGAAACGGAGCGACCUGUGGAGAAGGUGAGGCACGAUCCUGCGAGCACCUCUGCCAACGUUAUGCCCGAACGCUCUUCAGCGCGGCGACCCAGACGUCAGCGCAACAGCGAGAGCCGUGACACUUGUCAUGGUGCUAACGGUGCCCUGGAAGACCUGGGCGAAGAGCCUACGCAGCAACCCCGUGAAAAAAAGUCCAAGUCGGCCAAGAAGAAGAAACGCUCCAAGGCCAAGCAAGAACGAGAAGCGUCUCCGGUUGAAUUCACCAUAGAUCCCAAUGAGCCCACCUACUGCCUCUGUGAACAGGUGUCAUAUGGAGAGAUGAUUGGCUGCGACAAUGAGCAGUGUCCUAUUGAGUGGUUCCACUUUUCAUGCGUUGGACUCACCUACAAACCCAAAGGUAAAUGGUAUUGCCCCAAAUGCAGGGGUGACAAUGAAAAGACUAUGGAAAAAAGCGCAGAUAGGGCCAAGAAGGAUCGGCGGUCCAGGUAGUGCCUUCCAGAAGACGUGCUAUGUUAAUAUUAAAGAUUGUUUAAAUGAAAUAUGCCUGUAUGGGGACUGGCGAUUUUUGUGUUUAACUUAUGUUAAGGUUCUCCUCAUGCACUUAGCUGAAAAGUUUCCAAACAGGUGCUGUUGUUGCUAAUGCAUUAGGAUGGAUGGUGAAAUGACCAACAGACUUAUUUAACCAUGGAAACACAGAUGUUUAAGAUACUGCCACUAAUGUCCCUAAGAUAAUGAAGAGUUCUUUUUCCAAAUGUUUUACUCUAAAUUGUUGCUUUCACUAAGCCUCUAAAGUUCAUAUAUUGGAAGUCACCCAGGCCAGGGUAAUAAAAGUUGUUAAAAAAGAGGCACAUGAUCAAAAUGCACAACGUUAUGUCCACAUCUUUUUUUAAUUUUUGCAUUUCUUGUUCUUUCAUUCCACAUUUUAGCAAGCAUAUGGGACAAAACACCUCCAAAAUGUCUUCCAGUGAAAGAACAAAUUCACUUUAUUUGUUACAAUUUUGGAGUGAUGUUUUUUGUUCAUUUUUGUGAAGUUUCAUCUAUUUAAAUAAAUCAGUGCUUGUUAUGUCUCUAA